ACGCUUUCUGAUUGUAUUGAAUUAUAUCCGGGGGAACUAAAGCGCCUGUCACCGGUAACACUGAGAAGCAGGAAUAUUUUUCCAUCGACACCGCCAUCUUCGACGAAUGUGAUCACAUCCAGUGGAAGCAUUUUCCAUCAUAUCCGACACUAGAACCCAGCUCUGUGGCAGAAUACAGUUCCAGAUCUUUCUACGGAUUGCAAGAAUUCCAGUUCGACGAAUAUGGAAGACGUUCACGACGCGGAUUCUUCAAACGCGACUGUUUUUAGCGAUGCAGAUUCAAUUCCACAGACAGACCACGGAGAGAAGACCUUGUGUGAUGAGACAUUUACUAAACAGGAAUCGUCAGACGGAGAUGUUAGUGAGUAUAGCUGUGAGAUCUGUAAGAAGAUAUUCUCUUCGGAACAGGAAUUAUCUAAGCACACACGCACACACAAGAGCGAAAAGUCCCAUGAGUGUGAAAUCUGUCAGAAGUGUUUUGUCUCCAGGAAGAAAUUAACGUGGCACAAGAGACGACACAGUAGGGAAAGGUUGUUUCCUUGUGAAAUAUGCGGGAAGUCUUUCUUCCAUAAUUCGGGUCUGAUUAUCCACGUACGUAGCCAUACUGGAGAGAAACCGUUCCAUUGUGAAACCUGCGGGAAAACUUUCGCGUAUUUUUCUGUCUUGAAAACACAUUCAAAGAUCCACGCGAGGACGAUUCUGUUUCGGUGCGAAAUAUGCGGUAACACUUUCGUUCAUAAACCGAGUUUUAUUCUCCAUAUGCGAAACCAUGCCGGAGAGAAGACCUCCCCGAGUCAAACAGAUGGGGAAGAAUUCGUCGGAAGUGUUGAUUUAGAGAAAUAUGAUUUGGAAACGCCCACUAAAGAAAGUUCGUUUCAGUGUGAAAUAUGCGGGAAAUCUUUCUGUUGGAAAUCCAGUCUUGUCAUCCAUAUACGGAGUCACACCGGGGAGAAACCAUUCCACUGUGACCUAUGUGGAAUUCCUUCCGUCUCUAGAAGUAAUUUAGCCAGACACAAACGAAUUCACACAGGAGAGAAACCGUUCCACUGUCAAGUAUGCGAGAAGUCUUUCCUGUCUAAAAACGAUUUGGUGAAACAUAUCAGAGUCCAUACAGGAGAAAGACCUUCUCAUUGUGAGAUUUGUGGAAAAAGUUUUCUCGACAACAGUAAUUUAAGGACCCAUAAACGAACACACACUGGGGAAAAACGGUUCCACUGUGAUACUUGUGGUAAAUCUUUCACUCAAAAUGCCCAUCUUGUCUCUCACAAAAGAGUCCACACUGGAGAAAGACCUUAUCAUUGUGGGCUGUGUGGGAAAUCUUUCUCCCACAGCUCAGCCCUUGGUUUGCAUAAAAAAAUACACGCAAGAGACAAAACUGUUUCAUAGCAUAUGUGGAGAAAUCAUUUGUCUUUAAUGAUUUAACAACACUCAAAAGAAUAUACACUUUGUGGUGGUCGUGGUGGAACUUCUAUUAUUAUGAAAUAUUUUUGGGGAAAUGAGCUGAAUUUCUGGUUUAAGUAACCCAUCAUCGCUUUUAUUUUUCGGCAUUUUCAGGAAAAUGUUUGCGAAUUUGUAAUGGUUGUAUACUGUCAACUUAACGUGACAGUAGGGGAUUACACCACCGCUGUUUAGCCCUAGGAAGCAUCAACGCUUCCUGCCGGCUUCGACACAUUUUUUCCCUGUGUCCUUAUAUAUUUACGAAGGGGAGACAAAUACCCCCAACAGCUAGGCCUGCAUCUAGAGACACGCAUGUUUCAGGGUCUUUGCCCAUCAUCAGUCUAGACUAGCAUAAGCCUGCUAGCUGCGGAUAUUUGUCUCGACUUCGUAAAUAUAUAUAUCUAAUUUUCAGUGAAGUAUAUUCACUGGUUCUACACAUGGAAAUUUCUACAAUUAUGGACCCCUUCCGUCCCCAUAAAUCUUAAAAGUUCCAAGAACUACUGGACUGGAGUAUUGUAUUGUUGUCAUUCCAGUAUUUCCUGCUGGGACUUGGUAUUUUGUUUUCAUUGCAGUGUUUCUGGCUGGGAGAGAACUGGUAUUGUUUUGUGGUCGUUGCAGUAUUUCUAGCUGAGAGAGACCUGAUGUUUAGGAUCUUAGCACAUUGAAAUUUUGGUGCUUAUUAAUUAAUUUUGAGCAGUUUGAUUAACGUCUAAUGGGUUUGAUUAAUUAAAACAGGCAGACCCUCCUGGCACCUGUGCAGGUGGCACGUAAAAAGCACCCACUACACUCGCGGAGUGUUUGGCGUUAGGAAGGGCAUCCAGCUGUAGAAACACUGCCAGAUCAGACUGGAGCCUGGUGCAGCCCUGGCUUCCCAGACCCCGGUCGAACCGUCCAACCCAUGCUAGCGCGGAAAAUGGACGUUAAACGAUGAUGAUGAUGAAUCCCGAAAGUUGUAGGUAAUAUUUAUCACUGUCAUUUAUGAAGAAACCGUUCUGUUAAAGAUGGUUUGGAAUAAAUACCUGAACUAAGAUAUGGAGCUCAGAUAAAGGGAGUUGUCUUGAAACUUCUCUGAUGGAUUCUUCUAAAUUUUAACAGUACACAAAGAUAUUUAAAGAGUUGAAAUUUAUCUGCAUAAAGUGAUGGAUCUAAAUGGUUUUUUGGGUAAACUUUGGUAUGAAUACUUGGAACUGGAUGCCAGGAAUGUGUAGAAACACAGAUGAAAGACAAAUUAGCAUCAACCUUGGAGGAAGUUGUUCUUUCUGCAUCAGUAAACUUAAGAUGCAGAGAUGAGAAACGGUUUUUGUGUGUUUCUUAAAUGGCUUAUAAACACCUUCCACGCUGCGAUUGUUUUCGUUCCAGCACACGAUCUAAGAUGAAGUCACUUGCUAUGCAAGUACAUCUCCGUAAUGUACAGUUUGAGAAAUUCAUUAAAGAUUUUUUCAGCUGCAAAGUGUAAAUAGAAAGUCGUUUUGCUCAUAUUGUAGAAUAGAAUGGUAAAUUGAUGGAACUUGCAGUACUUUGUUGAGAUGACAAAAUUUUGCACCGACAGAUGUAUUUAAAGACUGAUUUUGAAAUGUAAAUUUGGGAUCUUUUCGGUUUGACCGGCAGUUUUUUAAAAUAAUUUCCAUGUAACUAAACACUUUUAAACUUCGUAUACUGGUAGAAUGUGUUUAUAAAACAUGCUUUUC